UACUAAAAAAUACAUCCUCCAAUCAUCUUGUAGGUUUCUUUUACAAUUCAGAUAACUCUAUACAUUGAGAGCACCUAGAUUACGAGCAGGCUCAGAGUUUACUGAAAAUCAAAAGAAGAGAGAAAAAUUAAAAUUCUUGUAUCCCUCAAGAGCCGAUAUUCUAAAAUUCUUGUGCAUAUAACUUAACAUGGCAUUUAAAUUAUGCAUUGCGCCUGCUAUUCAGCUCUCAACAAAGUUUUGUUAAGCCUUUCUUUCUCGGCUGCGAAGGAAUCCUUCAUAUAUUAUAUAUAUACUGCUUCUAUGGAUAACAAUAGAUACCAGAUUAUGAUGGAAGCUAGAGGUGUUGUGUGCUGCAAAUGUAGGCAACGAUUAUCAUUACUGACACAAAAUUCCACUGGAGUAAAGUGCCCAAUUUGCAAUAUGAUGAAUCCAGUUCCAACCUGUGAACGAUCACGUAGCAAAGAUGUAAAGGCAAAGGAAAAUAUAUCAGGUCCUGAUCUCUUGAUUAGUAGCAAAAAGACAGAGUCGUUGAAUAAGAUGCCCUCCCCUUCGGAAAUUUGGCGGUCAUCAUCGGGGACAAGGACAGCAAGGAAGCGAGCACUGCUAAUCGGAGUGACUUACAAAAGGAAGCACAUGCUUAAGGGGACUAUCAAUGAUGUGAAGAGCAUGAGAGGAUUUUUGAUCAAAAAUUUUGGUUUCAAGGAGGAGAACAUUCGGGUUCUUACAGCAGAACAGGAUACAACAAAGAAAAACAUACUGCAAUCCAUGGAAUGGCUCGUGAAGGACUGCCAGGCAGGUGACUCCCUCGUGUUCUACUUCUCCGGUCAUGGCUUACGUCAACCAGAUUUUGAACGCGAUGAGCGAGAUGGGUUUGAUGAAAAUAUUUGCCCAGUUGAUUUCAUGACAGAAGGUAUGAUCCGUGACAAUGAAAUCAAUUCCCUCAUAGUUUGGCCGCUGAAAAAGGAUGUUACUCUUCAUGCAAUUGUCGAUGCUUGUCACAGUGGAACUAUCCUUGAUCUUGAACAUGUCUACAAUAGGGAACAAAAUAAAUGGGAGGAUAACAGCCCUCCAUCUGGUAAUGCAAGGAAACACACGGAUGGUGGAUUGGCAAUUUCAGUCAGUGCUUGUCUGGAUAAUGAAAAUGCUGCCGAUACCUCUGCAUUCACAAAGACAAUGAAUGGUGCUCUGACCUACCUUUUAAUAUACUUUCUGAAGAAAUAUCCUGGAUUAACAUAUGGUGACCUACUUGACUUGAUGCAUGAAGAGUUGAGGAAAUUUAACGAAGGUGGAUGCCUUCCUGCAAAAUUCUUGAGAAAAAUAUUCAACGACCUGUUAUCGCAGAGUCCUCAAAUUUCAUCUUCCCAACCAUUCGAUGUUUACAAGAGACAUUUCAUCUUGUAAUAAUAAAUUACUUUAAAAAUUGAGUAAUUGGAUCGUGAGAGCAAGAAUGAAGAAAAGUCUUCAGCACCUGCGAUCGAGUCUCCAAUAAUAACUUCAAUGCCAAAUCGAAGCUCAUCCGAAAACAUUUUGGACGUCCAGUUUAAUUCUCUCAAAAUAAGCAAGCGGAUAUAAAUGUCUUCAACCUUCUUGAUUGAGCUGAGAGGAGAAAUUUCUGUUCAUCAAACUUUCGGCGAGCAGCGAAUAUUUUCACAAGAUAAAUGUUUUCAAGCUGAAUGCAGUGACAUUGCCAGUUAUAUAGAAAUGAUAUGAAAGAUACUUUGAACCAACAAAAGUCGAACGAAAAACUAAAAAGGCAACAAUCAAGUUGAAGACUUGCAUGGUCAGCUUUUCAGAAUUCUUAUUUGUCUACUUGCUAGCAAUAAUUUUCUUCAAUAUUUCAACCAAAUUCUAAUAGGAAGAAUCACCAGGACAAGUGGCCUCCUCUGCCUUGGUUUUCCAUU